UGCACUUUGAAUAGGCCAUGUGACACCUGAGCGAUGCGAGACAAAACAUUUCGUCAGUCACUCAAAGAGUUUGUGACUACGGCGCGAAAAUCACGAUCACUGCACCAAAAUUACUUCCACACGAAUGAUCUUACAAAAGCCACACCCAAGUCAACCGGAUUUGCAUGAAGAUGAUUUCGGCUGCUCAUGCGAUUCAACUUAAGCAUCUUGUUGAGGAAAAUUAUGCAAGGAAUUAAUCAGGAAUACCUCCUUGGGCGAAUGUGCAGUCAAGGAUUGGUUUUCCGAUGCGAGGACUGCGGUUGUUGAGUCGAUCUUUGGUUGACAUUUAUGUUGAAGUUGCCGUCGUGGUUCAAGUCAACUGUAAAUAAGACUCGGGGUUUCCGCAGACGUGCGCUGCUGCUUUGCUUGAUUGUCGUAGCUGGAAUCGUUUAUUACGACUUGAAUCAAGAUCAUGACAACGACGAUAUUCCUCUUGGAAAGCGCAUGACGCGUCACGUGUUCACAGUAGAGGAGAUUCUACAAUUCCCGGGUGAUUACCACACCAAAGGCGUGCUUUCGCUUCCUUAUGGAGACAUUGUGGAGCCUUUUGAGGCUUGGUACUCCAAAACGAAAAAGAUGAGCAGGAUUGAUUACUAUAAUGGUAAGUUGAACUGUGCAAUAUUUUACAAGCGUUGGAGAAAUUGUGUUUCGGCUGCAAUGGACUUGGGGGCACAUGGAUAGUAGGGAUGGUCGGAACGUUUAUGUAACCCCUCCCCCACCUCCGUCACACACCUUUGUUGCACGAGUAACAUUCAGACCCGGGCUGGCUUAAGUGGGUCAAGUUUGUUGUAAGUUGGCUUUCUCUUUGCUUUCAUUGGUACGGCGGAUUUUCUCCCUCCAUGCCUGAAAAUGCUAGAUUGCAGAAUACCGGGCCACUCAUUUGCAUCUCAUUGAAUUUGAAUGGUUCCUUUUGUUUCUGUAUGCCUCGCUCUUAGAAGCUUUAGGAGAUAUAUUAACAAGUGGCCCGGUAUAGCAAAACCGCUCCGCGUUUUUUUUCUCUCCUCUAUAUAAUCUCAUGUUUAAAUAGACCAUAUUCGAAUUCCCGGUAUUGAACUGG